UCUGUGAUUACAUCUGCAACCUUGUACAUGUGACUAUUUAACUCUAAACGCUAUAGGCUACUCUAACGGACUGUAUUUGGGCAGGUGUGUUACCUGUAAGUGCAACCGUGUAAGGGGCAAGGUUGUAUUCCCUCCCUUUGUUUACUACCUCUUCCGGCACAGCUCACACAGAUAGGUUGAUCAAAUUCUAUGCAAAUGAGAUGUAUCCAGCAGAUGGGAAAUACUGGUGAUUAAAAACUUCCCUCGCCGCAUGUUGUCGCGCUUGUCUGUUCUAAUAUAUGACAUUUGCUAGCCUGCAUUUAAACCUGCUUGCAGUCGGCCAAAUAAGCGCUCUUCCUUCAGUGAUAAUAGUGCGCGGAGUCCACCUAAACAGGAUCACAGGGAGUGAGCAGCUUCCUGGUCAUAAAGAAGUGUGUCUUGCUUCAAUUUCAGUGAUUGCCUACGCACCGCAGUCACCACCAGAGCGGGGUUAUUGACGCAGUGUGGAGUCUCCCAGCAGCAUUGCCAACUCGGCUGCACUACAGACGCAUCCAUGAGCAAAACCGCGAUGGCCGUGGUACAGCUAGAUACCGAAGACCAUCAAUCGGAGAACGGCUUUGUGUCCCUCGAAACAGAGUCGCCGGGAUUGCUCACACGCAUUGACAGUUGUGUCUUGCCUUUUCUUGGGGGAUUUGGGAAGUACCAGAGACAGCUAAUCGUGCUGACAUGGAUUCCGGCGUUAUUUAUUGGAUUCAGCCAGUACUCUGAUGAAUUCCUUCUUGCCCAACCGAACAACACAUGUGUUCCGCCUAUGGCAAACACGACUAAUUUGACUAGAAGUCCUUUAUUUCAUGGUGCAAAUAAUAGUUUUCCGCGAACAGCGGCGUACGUUUAUACCAAUGGCACCCACAAUUAUACGGCUAGGCAUCUGCAACAUUGUAUGUGCAAAGAGUGGACGUUUGAGCUGCAUACCGGACUCAUUCAGAAUGUGGUUACCAAGUGGAGUCUGGUGUGUGACUCGGCAUGGAAGGUCCACAUCGCUAAGUUCUCUCUGCUUGUGGGCUCCAUAUUCGGAUACCUGGUCUUUGGGGUCCUGGCAGACUGGUUUGGUCGCCACCCGGUCCUGAUCAUCUCGGUUCUGUUCAUGCUGGUGUUCGGUUUGACCGUGGCAUUCUCGGUCAACGUUCCCAUGUUCAGCACCUUGCGCUUCUUCGAGGGCUUCUGCCUGGCAGGCAUCAUCCUCUCCCUCUACAUCCUCAGGAUUGAGCUGUGCCUACCAGCCUGGCGUUUCUCCAUGACCAUGGUUGCCAGCUUUGUGGUGCUGGGCGGGCAGCUCCUUAUGCCAGGGAUGGCAUACCUCUGUCGAGACUGGCAGGUUCUGCAGGCCGUCAUCAUCUGCCCGCUGAUCCUCAUGGUCUCUUAUAUCUGGAUCUUCCCCGAGUCUCUGCGGUGGCUGCUGGCCACUCAACAGUAUGGCCGCUCCAAGUGGAUCAUGGGACACAUUGCCAAGAAGAACCAGGUUAACACCGAGCUGGACACUGAUCACAUCCUCACAGAGUUGCAGAAAGCUCUUCAGAAGAAGCCCAAAAAGACAUGUAUUGUGAAGAUGGUGGGGACAAGGAACCUGUGGAAAAACAUUGUGGUCCUCUGCGUGAACUCACUGACGGGCUAUGGGAUCCACCAUUGCUUUGCCCGCAGUAUGAUGGACCACCACGAGACCCACGAGUCCACCAUGUUCCACAACUUCUACGCUGACUACUACACCAUGGCGGGCAUCGCAGUGGCAUCAUGCAUUGCACUGUGCCCGGCAGUGUCCCUGAUGGGGAGGAGGGGUGGCCUGCUCAUGUUCAUGAUAAUCACUGCACUGGCAUCACUGCUGCAGCUAGGCCUGCUCAACUUACUGGGGAAAUACAGUGUACAUCUGAAUAUAGAGCGCUCGGAUACGCUGAAUAAGAACUUCUCCAUCGCCUUCUCCAUCAUCGGCAUGUUCUCCUCCCACGCUGUCAGCAACUUGAGCAUCUUCUUCUGCGCUGAGAUCACUCCCACCGUCAUCAGGGGUGGGGGUCUGGGCCUGGUGCUCGCCAGCGCUGGCUUCGGCAUGCUGACCGCCCCCAUCAUGGAGCUCCACAACCAGAAGGGCUACUUCCUUCACCACAUCAUCUUCGCCUGUUGCACCCUCAUCUGCAUCAUCUGCAUUCUCCUCCUCCCCGAGACGCGCUACCAGCCCCUGCCCGAGACCCUGGCCGACGGGGAGUGUUACACCCGCCAGCCCCUGCUGCCCCCCAGGAAGCCUGGCGAACAGCGCCUCCUCCUGUCCCAGUUGGAGAGCAACAGGGACUACACCCGGGUCCAUGACACGCCGCUGCACGAGGCGGCCGCCACCGCCGUCUCCACAAUGGAGUUCACGGCGUCCUCCGCUGUUGACCGCACAGCACCAUCGGCUAUUGAUAUUUCGGCGCCCUCCACUAGGACGUUAAGGUCACACCAGCAUGAGUCUGAUGGCAAAUCCACUGAAGACUCCACUGAUAUACCCCUCAUUAAUUCUGUUUCCCCCUCAUCCACUUUCAUUGUUGAUGACGAGACAGCUCCCUCCCCUACUAAAGACGUUACCACUGACCCCCUCACAGAAGAUACCCAUACAUCCAUCUUGGUCAAAACCAUUUCCCCUGUCACUGAAACUCUUCCCAUCUCUUUAUUGGAAUCAACCAUUCCGCCAGUACUUGAUUCAACCCCUACCUCCGCAUUGUACCCUUCCUCUCCCCCUGUCAUAGAAUCCACCCCUAGUUCCGUAGUAGAUCCUUCCACUCCCCCUGUCAUAGAAUCCACCCCUAGUUCCGUAGUAGAUCCUUCCACUCCGCCUGUCGUAGAAUCCACCCCUAGUUCCGUAGUAGAUCCUUCCACUCCACCUGUCAUAGAAACCACCCCUAGUUCCGUAGUAGAUCCUUCCACGCCACCUGUUAUAGAAUCCACCCCCACUUCAUUGGAUGCUCCAGAAGUAAUUGAAGCUCCCCCUACCUCCACAUUGGACUCUCCCCCUGUCAUAGAAACCACCCCUACAUUGAACUCUACCACUCCCCCUGUACUUGACCUUCUACCCCCCUCUCCAACACCCUCCCCUACUCCUGUCAUCAAUGACAUUUUUCUCCCUCCCCCCAUGGUGGACUGUACGACUCCUAUUGAUUCUGCUGACCACAUAACCACAGACCCGAUCAUAUACUCUCUAGAUGACAAACUCCCCGCUCCUCUUCCCCCUACAUCAGACCGUACCAUUCCCCUUCUCACAGACUCUGUCCAUACUCCAGAGUUGGACUCUUCAUCCCCAUGUGUUAAUAAUGUUAUUGUUUCUCCCGCUUACCCUGUCAUAGCUCAUUCCCCUGUUCACCCCCCCAUCCGCCCACUACCACCACCACCCAAUGACUCAGGUCAUAUCCCCACAACAGUGGACUCUUCCAUGCCCCCUGUCAUGGACACUGUUCACAGCCCCACUGUGGACUCUACCACUCUCCCCAUCACAGACAUUGUUCAACCCCUUUCAUUGGACUCUACCAUUCCGCUUGUCAUAGACUCUCAGCACCCCAACGUAACAGACUCUGAGACCACAGAGGCGGCCACCGCUUCCACAAUAAUGGACUGCACCAUCUCCUCCCCCAUAGACUCGGGUAUCCUCCCUAUAAUGGACUGCACUAUCUCAGAAAACCGCGUCAUCAACGGGGUGGCGUCGUCAUGAUCCAAGGCUCUACCUCUGGAACAAGGAGGUGUGCCCCUCCCUCGUGGAGGAAGAAGCCCUGGACAUCCAGGUCACAUGUAUGGAGUCAUUAACUGGCUGAUCAGGCCUCAGACAUUUUGGCUGCUCUGUAGGGAGAAUAUAGGUGACAGACAGGAGAGGGAACAGCUUGAUAUGGGGACGAGUGUAUCUCUGUGACACCUUUUACUGGGAACAGCCAGAAAACAGGACAGGAGGACUGUGCUGCGGUGACAGUAAUGAGUGGUUACUCUGCCACAGUGUGGAACUGUAAAUAAGUGACAUCAUCAGCGUUUUACACAGCUGUUGUUGGGGGAAUCUGUAUGUGUCAUUUUAGACUGAGAUACUACCAGCCAAAACUCCCUUUGACUUCUUCUGACACUUUAUCCCAAUGCUUAGUUGGAGAUGCUAUACAUACCACUAAAAACCAUUUGACUGUACAUUUGCCUCAAUUGCAGACUUAGAUGUACGCCCAAUGUGUUUGAUGUACAUUUGCCUUAUGUAGAAAAAAAAAAUACUUUAAGAAUACAAUGCAGAAUUUUGAAUGUCAACAGUGCCAGAUAUCUAAACCGAGUUUAGAGUGUCACCCAAUUGUUUUUGUUGUCGCUGAAAUGAGUUCUCAGAAACUGAAUGGAAUCUGUGUAGGGAAAAGAGCAAUUUGCCAAAUAUGAAAAACCAAAAGAAGGGCAAUAAAGUUUUGCCCCAAGUAUUGGAGGUGUUUUAAUGUAUGAUGCAAUGAGUUAAAAAUGACAAGCGAAACAUCUCAAGACUUCAGUCCUUAGUGUUAUACAAGCAUGGGUGUAUGAAAAGGUACUAGAGAAAGAGAAUGUCGUGAACUGAAGAGACAUGUUCAUACGUUUAAAAGGACAAUGGACUGUUUAUGUUGAGAGAAGGAGAGCUGUACCGGUGACGUGGUAUAAGUGAGAGGUCUGUUGGCACUUUAGGACUUUGUUGUGCUUGUUGACGUUACGGUCCUGUAAGUGAAACAUUUGAGAAUUUACAGACUAUAUCAAUGUUUCAUGGGACAUUUGUUUCCACUCUUAAAAACGUUCAUGAAUUGUACUGUAUGCAAUUGGAUCUUGUUAAUGUGAUACUCUAGGUCAAAUUGCGUAGUUUGUUGUUGUGCUACUGAUGUUGCGCUUGAUCACAAAAACAAAAAAAUAUUGCUAUUGUUUCAGGGGGGGGGGGGGGGGGUGUCCUUAGUGUAUAAAGAUAGGCGGCACUGUUAACAUUAUUUGUGUGAAUGUAAGUGGCACUUUAAUCUUCGCUACGGGGACAGCAUGUAAACAAAAAUGUGAACUUUUCCAUGGAACAAAGAGGUGAUGUUCAAAUGUUACCUAAAAAAACACUUGAGCUAUCUCUCUGAAAUGGACACAUGAAUGACAAAAGGAUUUUGUCUUCAUUACAAAUGCAUCUGUCAUUGCCACCAUCUUGUGUGUUUUCUUCAUGUAAUUAGCAUAUUUGGUGCCGUAAAAAUAUUUGUAGUAUAUUUCCCAAAUAAUAUACCAGAAAAUAUUUAAACUUCACCAAAGUAUGCAAAAUUGAUAUUUGUGAUAUUGACUCAAAUUCUGUUGCGUUUUGAAAUGUAGGCUUAUCCCUCGUUGUUUUUGUUCGUUUUUUACUUCAAAACUUAACUACCAUUUACUUGAAUUACUUUCAUUGUAAUCAAUACAGACAUGAUAGCGAAAUGUUGUCGUCAUUAUUGGAAAAAACUACAACAAAUGUCUCUGAUUAUUUUAAUUAAAACAAAAAUAUAUGAAGAGCUUUCUUUUUCUUUGAAAAACCCAAAUGUCUAGUGUCAACGUCUUGUUUUACCAACGUCUGUGAUUGACUGACUAUUGACAAUAGUACAUACCGGGCAAACAAAAUGGUGGCUGUCAGUUCACUGGUCAGGCAAUUGCAUCAGAUUGUGAUGAGAUCUGUGUUGUUGUUAGACCACUGUUUACAAAUACAACAUCACUUAUUGUGAUGUAGAGCUUUUUUUUAUUUUUUAUCUUUGACAUCUUGUCCCUUUCAAAUGCCAUGGAGUCCAGUCUUUUACAGUGUGUUUAAUAUAUAUUUAAACAGGAAAAUACAAUGGCUUUGGAGGUGACCAAAGUAUUAUGUAUCAUGCAAUAGCAGCCACUGAUCACUCUACUGUACACUAAUCAUACAGUAGUCAUCACAACACACACCGUCAUGUAGUUCUAUGGAUAUAAAAAUACUAAAAGUAUAACAACCUACUUUCUGUUUAUUCUCUGGUUAUUUCCUGGUAAAUAAGCACACUGUUAAAGAAGAUAUACUUGUUGCUGUGGUCUUCAUUCCUAAUACUACAUACACCUUGUCCAGAAAAUUCAAGCACGGUGGAGAAAGGAUAUGUGAAUCAAGUAAAACUUCAUUACACCCCUGUAUGAGUCUCUUAGCUUCUUUUAAUAUCUAAUAGACUUCAUGCCUCAAACCAUAAUGUCUCCUGUACUCCUGUCAAGUCAGAUUAGUACAUUUGGUUAGCUGUGAUGUGAGGAUGGUGUUACUAACGCACGAUAGUCUAUUGACACUGGAACAACAUAAGAGGUCAAUCGUACAAAUGUUGGAGUAUAUUGUCUGCAGCUGUAGCAAUACUUCUCACCCCACAUUUCUUGAACUGCAACCACUCUUAUCUUAAAAUGUCACAAUGCAACACAUUGCAACCUUACAUUACAGUCUCAGAUUUCAUAUGUAAUAGCAACAUCCGCACCAGCAAUGGUGUAUGGUUAGUCAGAAGUAUAAUGAUUCAUUCUAUUUCUAUGGGUAGAGUGGGGUGAUGGCUUGGAAAGUGGCUAUACUAAAACAGUACAAGUAGAUGGACAAUAUAAUACAUUGAGUAUACAGUUGUAAAGAAAAGGCAUUUAGAGAUGGAAAAGCAGGCUGAUGUUAUGUAAACUGACUAUGAUUUGCUGUGCAUUGAUAGGUUUUGCUAUUAUACAGGGGUCUGGAAAUGGUUCUCAACUGAUCAAAUGACUCACAUCAUCCUAAAUUGUCCCCACUGCAGCCAAACUAUGUUGCGGAAAUGAGAAAUAAUCCUGAUAUAACAGUUUCUGUUUUUGCAUGAUUUGAAUGAAUGAAUGAAUGUAAAAACAUGGAUUUUACCAGUUUUAAAUUUUCCCUUUUUUGUUUUAACUUGAAUAAUGCAUUUGUAUAUAAGCCAUAUGUGUCGUAAUAAACUUCACUAUUUAUUGAU